GUUUGUAUAAGCAAAUAAACCGUUGAGAAACUGAAUUUUGAAAAUUAACGGGAAGGGAGAAAAGAGGGGGGGUGGGCUGGGAAUGGAUCGGAUAAUUUCACAGUUGCUACACGGCGAUCUCUUCAGCUACGAGGAUCAUACUGCUCCUCUGGAGGAGGAGGAGGAGGCUGCCCCUGUUCUGAACCGGAGUGCUUUUGUGCCGUAUGUAACAGCGACCAGAAAUGAAUUUGGGUUGGUGAAAAAUGGAAUGAAUUUGAAGCCUGGAAGCAUGAACAAGAGGAUCAUCGAGUUCUUGAGAAGGAACUUUGGGGCACGAGAAACCGAGCGAGAAAGAUGUUUCCGGCAUAUGAUGAGUGAGAGAACAAGGAGGGAGAAGCAAAAGAGGAGUUACUCUGCCCUGCACUCUGUUUUGCCUCCCGGAACCAAGGGUGAUAAGAACUCAGUAGUUCAAACAGCGACGAGGACGAUUCAGGAGCUGGAAAAGCAGAAGGAGGAGCUGCAGGGAAGAAACAACGAGCUGGAGGCGAAUUUGGUGGCAAUAAAUGAGAAAGACGGUGGACGAAAGAAGAUCAGAGUAAGGGUAGAUAAUCCGACAUCCGGGAUUGAUUCUAUGGUGGAGGUUCUCAGAUGCUUGAAGAAGAUGAACGCAAAACCCAGGACCAUCCAAUCAAAGUUUACCACUCAAGAACUCAUAGCAAUAGUGGAGAUCGAAUCCAAGGUAGGAGUAGGAACUGGGGAGGUAGAAAAGGCUUUGGAAAUAACAUUGCAGGAAGUCAAGAAGAAAUUCGUGUCUGGCUCCCGUUGAUUAAGGAGUAUUUGAAAAAUAAUAUUGUUCUGUAUUUGAAUUCACUGGGUUGAAAAAGAUGACAAGGUAAGAGGUUAUAAUUAUAAACUACAACAUUCUAAUUAUAUCAAUUUUAAUACAAUAUUACAAAUUCU